CCUCGGCUUCUGAGCUGAAGCUCGUUCCCUCCCGGGCCGCGCGUCGGGGAGGUGCAAUGGAUUCAAGACUUCCCGCCUUGGUGGUGCAGGCCUGUAAUCCCAGCUGCUGGGGAGGCUGAGGCAGGAGGAUGUGCUUAGCUAUAUUCCUUGUGGUAUGAUCACAUCUUCUACUAAGAAGCUUUUAUAUAAUUGAGUCCAAGUGAGGUCAGGAUGUAUCUAGUGAGCACCGAUACAACCUAGAGUACAAGAGUUUCCUACAAAAUAUCCCAGGCCUUUUUCAGGAGUGAUCUUUUUUUUCUUUUUUUAAUUCAUGACCUCAUGUGCCCAUUACAGUCCUUACGCACCACCAAGUAGAUCAAGGGCCUCAGCACCAGCUCCAACCAUGUGGACCCCAGAUGAGAUCGCUCAGCUGUGCUAUAAGCACUAUGAGAUCAGGCUGCCCAAGCAAGGGAAGCCGGAGCCAAACCGUGAAUGGACAUUGUUGGCAGCUGUAGUGAAGAUACAGUUUCCAAUUUAUGAGGCCAGUGACACUCCUGAUAAGCCAGUGCACGUGACAAAGGAAGUUGUCUCAAUGGGAACAGGAACGAAAUGCAUAGGCCAAUCCAAAAUGAGGAAGAGUGGAGAUAUUCUGAACGAUAGCCAUGCUGAGGUUAUAGCCAGAAGGAGUUUCCAAAGGUACCUUCUCUAUCAGCUGCAAUUGGCAGCUACCCUAAACAAGGAGAGUAUCUUUGUCCCAGGAACUCAAAGAGGACUGUGGAAACUCAGACCCAACCUCUUGUUUGUGUUUUUCUCCAGCCAUACGCCCUGUGGCGAUGCCUCCAUCAUUCCAAUGCUUGAGUUUGAAGAACAGCCUUGCUGUCCUGUCAUCAGAGAUCAGGAUAGCAGUUUAUCAUUAGAAGACAGUGGUAAUGUGAAGACUCCUGAAAAUGAAAGGAAACACGAAGACCCUGACGGUCCUGUAACCAAAAAGAUGAGGCUUGAGCCUGGAACUCCUGCCAGGUUCUUCACCAAUGGCACAGCUCAGCAUGGCAAGCAAGACAGUGGCUCAUUUGCAUCAGGUGUCAGAGGCUCUAACCUCACUGUAGAAAGACUGGCCGAUGUCGCCUGUGGAGCUCCCAGGAGUGCCACAGUGGUGGACAUUUAUAGAACUGGAGCCAAGUGUGUGCCUGGAGAAGCUGAAGACUUGAGGAAGCCAGGUGCUGCAUAUCACCAGGUGGGGUUGCUCCGAGUGAAGCCAGGCCGGGGAGACAGGACCUGCUCCAUGUCAUGCAGUGACAAGAUGGCCCGAUGGAAUGUCCUUGGAUGCCAGGGUGCACUUUUGAUGCAUUUCUUAGAAGAGCCCAUCUACCUGUCAGCUGUGGUCAUUGGGAAGUGCCCAUACAGCCAGGAAGUCAUGCAGAGAGCACUGAUUGGAAGGUGUCAAAAUGUCUUGGCUUUACCCAAAGGUUAUGGAGUUCAAGAACUGAAAAUACAGCAGUCAGAUUUACUGUUUGAACAGAGUCGCUGUGCAGUGCAGACAAAAAGGGCUGACAGUCCCGGCCGACUUGUUCCAUGUGGGGCAGCUAUCAGCUGGGCUGCAGUUCCUGAGCAGCCAUUGGAUGUUACUGCCAAUGGCUUUCCACAGGGAACAACAAAGAAAGGAAUUGGAAGUCUUCAGGCCAGAUCCCGAAUCAGCAAAGUGGAACUCUUCAGAUCAUUCCAGAAGCUUCUGAGCAGCAUUUCAGAAGACAAGUGGCCAGACUCCCUCAGCUCUGCCUGCAGAGAAUGGGAAUUUGGAAGGUUGCAGAAGUUGGAUACCUACCAGGAGCACAAGGAGUCUGCAUCUGCUUACCAGGAAGCCUGGAGUGCACUCCGGAAGCAAGCCUUUGCAUCCUGGAUCAGAAACCCACCAGACUAUCACCAGUUUAAAUGAGAAAGAGAAGUUUUUAGAAGAUCUGCUGGUUGCAGGACUCUUCAUGUUGACUGCCUCUUCCUUCAUGCAGGAUAAUCCUUAAGCUUUUCUAAUGGCUAAAUU